UGUGACCAGGAGUCGACGUGUGCAGAAGUGCUACUAGUCCAGUCCUUGUUCCCGUCUGGGUACCAGCUUCCUUCUGCAGUGCAGGCAGCGGUGUUGGAGGCCAGCGGAAAAAGGAGUCAGUUUGGCGGGAUUUUGCAGGUCUGUUGUUCUCUGAGCUGUCCGAGACCAAGGAAGGAGAAGGAAGGAACUGAGCCGACCAGUACUCGAAGUAACUGCUCUCGAAAUCAGCAAGAAAAAGAAAGGAAGAUAGGAAAGGAAAGAAGAAAGACAGAGAAAAACAAGAUGAAGCCCUGCCAAAAAAUGGAAGGAAACCCAGAAAGUGAGAGCGAACCAAAGCUUGAGGAAGAGCCAAAGCCCGAGGAAAAGCCAGAUGAGGAAGAGCCUGUGGAGCUGGAAAAAGCCGAGGAAAGUUUCAGAGAAAGAUUGAUUCAAUCUCUCCAGGAAUUUAAAGAAGACAUACACAACAGGCAUCUGAGCCGUGAGGAUAUGUUUAGAGAGGUGGAUGAAGUAGAUGAGAUAAGAAGAGUAAGAAACAAACUUGUAGUGAUGCGUUGGAAGGUUAAUCGGAACCAUCCUUAUCCCUAUUUAAUGUAGUUUACCUGGAUUCUUAUCUGAGGUUAACAUUGCCAUACUGCUUUCCUUUUUGCUAGCAUUUUCCUGAUAUAUCUUUGGCCAUCUUCCUACUUUUAACUUGUUGCUCUUAGUGAUUUUUAGAUGCACCUCUUGUUAUCUGCAUUUCAUUGUUUAUCACAUUUUGAAACAGUUUGUACAUCUCUUUUAAUACAUGAGCUUUACUCAUUUGUAAAAAACAAA